UAAAGGCCAAUUCUCAUGAGAUUAAACUUUUUUUGUAAGUUAAUACAGGGUGGGCCAUCUAUUGGUACGUUUUUGAAUUUCGUCGUAUGGCAACACCAAACGAGCUACAGACCCGAAAUUUUGACAGUUUAUUAGUCAUACCGUCCGCGGCACGAAACAACAUGUUUUCUCUUGAAGAGCGUUUUGAAAUUUUAAAAACUUAUUUUCAAAGUCAGUGCUGUGUCGCCGAAACUGUACGAAUUUUGAAAAGAAAUAUGGGUCGUGAUAGAGCACCCACCGAAGGAGCUAUACGCAAAUUGGUGAGGAAAGUUCGUGAGAAAGGGAUGUUAGUGGAUGACAGAAGUGGUCCCAGAGCUCGGACAGUGCGCACACCCGAGAAUAUUGAGGCUGUGGCCCAAAGUGUGAGACAGAAUCCGACGACUUCAACUCGACGCCGAUCGCAGCAACUGAGCAUUAGUCGCACCAGCCUGAGGAGAAUACUGCACAAAGACCUCGGAUUAUUCGCCUACAAGAUCCAGAUGACUCAGGAGUUGAAAGCAAAUGACCAUCCGCUUCGAUAUCAGUUUGCUGUGUGGGCUAUAGACCAGCUCAAUAAUGACGUCGAUUUUGGUCGAAAAAUCAUCUUUUCGGACGAAGCUCAUUUCCAUCUCGGCGGAUAUGUGAACAAGCAAAAUUGCCGGAUUUGGGGCUCGGAACAGCCACACACAAUCGUAGAGAGACCAAUGCAUCCUCCAAGAGUCACAGUUUGGUGUGGAUUUUGGAGUGGUGGCAUAAUUGGCCCAUUUUUCUUCGAAAAUGAUGCUGGAAACGCCGUUACCGUCAAUGGCGAACGCUACAGAGCCAUGUUGACCAACUUUUUAUGGCCUCAAAUCGACACUAUGAAUGUGGACGACCUUUGGUUUCAACAAGAUGGCGCCACAUGCCAUACAAGCCGACUUACCAUCGACCUUCUGCGCACCAAGUUCAACAACCGCAUAAUCAGCCGUUCAGGAGAUGUCAAUUGGCCUGCGCGUAGCUGCGAUUUGACACCGCUGGACUUUUUCCUGUGGGGUGCCGUUAAAGACCGAUGUUAUGCGGAUAAUCCAGAGACAAUUCCAGCUUUGAAAAACAAUAUUACGACUGUUUUGAGUGAAAUUGGCGCCGAGGUAGUCCAAAAUGUCAUUAAUAAUUGGGGUGACCGAAUGGCAUACUGUAAGGCCAGUAGAGGGAGCCACAUGAACGAAAUCGUUUUUCAUUCUUGA